GUGAACUACGGUGGCUCGGAAGGGGCCGGGGCUCGCUCGAAUGGCGGUGCGAAAGCAUAGUGGCUUCAGUCAGAUCCCUGGCAGGAACUGCAAGAAAGAAGGCCAGGUAGUCAAGCAGCGUAAGAGGGAGCAUGGUUUUAUUGAAGAAACAGAGAUUCAUCCCAUUUCUAAGAUUAAUAUUUACAAUUUGGAUUUGUCGACCUUCUUGUAAGAUAUAUUUGGCAAUCAAAAUGAAAGCUUUCUUUGAAGUUUUAGAACAAUUAUACCGGAAGGUACUUCUUGGAGCCACACUUGAAAAUGACAGCCAUGAUUACAUCUUUUAUCUCAACCCAGCAUUUUCAGAUCAAGAUUGCUCUACAGCCACCUCCUCAGACUGUUCAAACAUCCUUGAUGUUCAGGGCAAGCAUCAGCCAUCCUCUGUGAAUUUGGCUACCCCUUCUGUAGCACCUGUGUGUUUGCAGAGACAUUUUCAGUUGAGCAGUACCCGAGAAAUAAUGCUCCUUCAGUUAACAGUGAUCAAAGUGAUGAUAACCAGAAUAUUAUCUGUCGAAACUGAAUUGCAUGCUAAGGAGAAAUAUAAAGAUAUAAUUAAAAUUCUUUUAAAAUCAUCUGACAUCGAUUCUAAAUUAACCUGUAUGUUCCAAACCUCGGAUAAAUUGUUAUCUCACAUGGCUGCAAAGUGCCUUGCACUACUUCUGUAUUUCCAACUGAAGGAAAAGAUAACAUUGAGUAAUUCCUGGAUUUCUUUCUGCCAAAAAAAUCUUUCUGAAUAUUCUGAAAGUGAUAAAGUAGUAUACUGCCUCUGGAUGCUUACCUUUGUAAUAAAAGAAAUCUUUAAAGAUACGUGUUCACAAAAAACAGAAAUUCUAAAGCAGUUCCUGACUCCUUUUGACACUAUUUUUGAAGUCUUUUACAAUUCCUUAUUUUCUCAGCAUUUUGAAAACCACCAAGAUACUUCUAAACUAAUAAAUAGCUUGAUAUGUUUCCUGGAAUUGCUUGAACUUCUUAUAGCCUCCAGAAUCCACCUGAAGUUACAUUUCACUUGCCAGAGGAUUUUAUUUUUGAAACCUUCUUGCGUGUUCGACGUUAUUACCUGGCCUAUUCAGGCUUUUGUCAAAAGGAAAUUCAUCAUAUUCAUCAAAAAGUGCCUUCUCUGCAAAGUGGGUGAAGACCUUUCUCGGGGAUCUGUCCCUACCUUCAUGGCACCAGAUCAUCCUUUAGAUGUGGACCUGUUGGCUUUGGCUGAUGCUGUUUUGCAAGCUGUGGAUUUGGGCUUGUUGAGGACACUGUCUGUCUAUGGAAAACCUUCCUGCUUUGGAGGCGAUGAAGUCCAACCUGGAUGUGAGUGUGUCCCUGGUCCAGAUCAUGUGAUCCUUAGAGCAGCGAGCUUACUUAUCAUUAGAUCCUUAGAAAUCAAGUUUCAAAAUGGUGCUUCAGCAAAUGAAAUGAAAGUUGAUUUACAGAGGUUCAUGUCUGAGUUACUGACCUUCUUAAAGCCUCACCUUCAGCCCUCUCUGCAAUCACACAAUCUUUGUGAGUGGUUGUCUAGGGUCUUCAUAGAACAAGACGAUGACAUGCUGGAGGCUGCCAAAACAGCAAUGGGCAUCUACCUGAAGUUGACCAGAGAAUGUGAAGCUACUGAAAGCUUGACCCAAGAAAAAGAAAUGUGGAACCAUCACACACAUGAAAAUGGCUAUAAUCCACACUGUAUUUUUUUAUUCUUACUAAAAAAUAUAGGAUUUGAUUCUACAGUUCUUCUUGAUUUUUUGAUUUCAUCAGAAACCUGUUUUCUUGAAUAUUUUGUUAGAUAUUUAAAAUUAUUGCAAAAAGACUGGGAUAAUUUUUUCACCAUUUGCAAGUACUUUGAUAUAACUGAAUCUAAAGAUAACAUAAAUAUUUGCUGUUGUAUCUCCUCACUUGUCCAAGACAGAAGCAGCAACCAGACAGAACCUAGUCCUUUGGCUGUUCUUGGUAAUCACAGAGAUGCUCAUGCUUGGGUCUCCUGGGCUUCUGAAGCUUCUUCUGAACCACUGAACCAUGUUGUGAUGUCUGAGGAGGCCCAGGCCACACUCCAGGCUAAUAGUCUGUCUCCCCCACGAACUUCUCAAAGUCUGGUAGAUUAUGAAACCUCUGAUGAUUCUGAAGAAGAAUCCACAGGCCAGCGUUUAGCAAACAGUAGACUAACAUCUUUACACCAAGAAGCAAUGAAGAAAAUCCAGGACACAGUUGGAACAAGUAGGGAUAAAAAAGAACUUAGCCUGGAGUCUCAGUCAAGGUCUCUGGUUUCCAAAGAAUCUAAUACUCCCUUCUCUGUUGAUUGUGACAUAGGCCCAAAUAACAUUGCUUCUAAAGUGGGAAUAUCUCACAGAACAGUAAAGUGCUUUGAAGAGCUACAAGGUGCCAUUUAUCGUUUGCAGAAGAAAAAUCUGUUCCCAUAUAAUCCAACAGCACUUUUGAAGUUGUUAAAACAUAUUGAGACAAUAUAUAAUAGAAGUAUGACGCCUUUGUAAAACAGGAACUGGUUUUCCCUAAUAUAAUUGUGCCUUAAUGAGAUAACAGUAAAAAAAAAAAAAAAAAAAAGAAUUCAAAAGGGUUUUCUAACAUGCCUUUCCUUUGCCUUUUGGAAGCUGCCUAGUGACUGAAAAAGAUACAUCAAAUGACAAGUCACUUGAUACAGUUGUACAGCACUCAAAAUUUAUGGUAGUUCAACUUACACAAAUUUGGGAUAGUUAUUGUAUUAGUUUCUUACUGCUGCUGUAAAAAUUACCACAAACUUGGUGGCUUAAAACAACAGAGAUUUAUCCUUUCACAACUAGAUUUAUCCUCUAGUUCUCUAGUUCUCCUCUAGUUCUGGAGGCUAGAAAUUCAAAAUCAAGAUGGCUACAGGGCCACACUUUCUCUCAAGGAUCUAGGGGAGAAUCCUUCCCUGCCUCUUCCUAGCUUCUGGCCAUUGCUGGCAAUCCUUGGUAUUCCUGGACUUGUUGCUGCAUCACUCCAGUCUCUUUCUCUGUUGUCACAUGGCAUUUUCCCUGUCUGUAUCCAGUUUCCCUCUUGUAAGGACACCAGUCACUGGGUUAGGGCCCACUCUCAUCCAGUGUGGCCACAUCUUAGCUUAAUUAUAUCAGCAAGUACCCUAUCUCACAUUCACAGGUUCUGGGUAGAUGUGAAUUUUGGGAGGGACGCUGUUUAAGCGAGUAUGGUUAUUAUUUCCCCCUGAGGUAUUUACGUGUAAUGUGAUAUGUAAAAAACUUAAAUCUUAGCAGUUUUUUAAAGAGAGGUGAUUAGCUCUAUAUGUAUAUAUGUGGUCUACGAACACAAGUGUAUUCUUUAAAAAGAGUUUUAAUAGGUAAUUUUCCUAUUUAAAAUUGUGAUAUGGAUAAUUAUAUUCUGUCUUUUUGAGAGGAGGCAGAAAAUUCAAGUUUUCAUGUCAUUACAGGCAUACCUCAUUUUAUUGUGCUUCACUUUAUUGUGUUUUGUAGAUAUUGCAUUUUUUACAAAUUGAAGGUUUGUGGCAAUCCUGUGUCAUACAAGUCUUUUGGUGCCAUUUUUCCAACAACAUUUGCUCACUUUGUGUCACAUUUUGGUAAUUGCAAUAUUUCAAACUUUUUCAUUAUUUGUUACAAAUAUAAAACUUUAAUGGAUGAG